CAAAUGACGUUUUCAUGAUGUGGAACUGGAGAGCGCAUGAUUAUUUCUGCUGGCCAACUUCCAGCACGUUUGCGAGCGGGUUGGCACAAAGCAGGCGCGAUGCUAUUUAUGCAGUUCGCCGCGGCUAUGGCGAUGUACCUAAUCGCGCAGAAGUGCCUAGUAGAUGUUGACGGCGUCGCAUACGUGGCUCCGCCCCCGCCUCCCGGUCCCUCGCCCCCACACCUCGGCGCUGCCCCGACACCACCUCUGCCUCCGCUGCCGGGCACUCGCGCCGCCCGGCUGCUGCUCCAGCAGCCCUCACAACACCCGCCUCCAUCUCUGCCUCCGCCUCCGUUUCCGCCUCCGCACCCGCCCUCUUCGGCACUACCGGCACCACCAACGCCGAGCUCCCACUUAACUGCCGGGCAGCAGCACUGGGCGUGCCUGCUGGAGACCAACCCCAACAAUACCGGCGCAUGCGGGGGCAUCGCGGUGUUGUGGUGGUGGAGCUUCGCCAUGGUGGUGCCGCUGUGCCUGGGGCCGCUCAUAACCACGAUCACUACCACCACCAGCAGCAGUAGUAGCAGCAGUGGCUCUCAGGACGCCUCCGCCUCCACGUCCUCCAUCAUGGGCUGCCUGGUGUCCGGCCCCGUGUUUAUAGGCAUGCUCAGCCUCACUGUGGUGUACGGCAUCACGGGGGAGGAGCUGGACCGUACGGCAGCGCUGGCAGACGCCGCGGGGCUGCCGGGCGCCACGGCGCGGCGGCAGGUGAUCGUGUGCGCCUGGCUGGGGCUGGUGGGCGGACUGGUUGACACGUUUAGCAGCAUGUGGUGCACGUGGACGGGGCUGCGGACUCGCAGGGCGCUCAACCCGCUGUGGGCCCUGUUGGUUCCGGUCUGCGUGCUGGCGUGGCCGCUGCGGCGCCUGUGGCGCGCGGUCCGGGAGCCGGUGUGUGCUGUGGUCGGGGAGUUGUGUGUGUGCUGGCUGGCGGCGGCGAGCUGCCUGCCGCGGAGGGCGGUGCGGCGGCUGGCGGCUGCGGAGCAGGCGAGGCGGGGCCACAGUGCGGGGGAGGAGGAGGUGGUGGUGGUGGAUGGACAAAAGGUGUAUUUUGGGGAGUGGGGUGGGUAUGUGCGGGGCAAACUCAGCGGCAACGGUGGUGAGGGAUGCGAUGGCGUCCAUGGCGGGGAUGGUGCUGGUGGGGAAGUGCUGGCGGGUAAACGGGGAGAGGCACGCGGAACGAGAGCAAUCCUGGGGGUGGGUGUGUUCGCCAUGGAUGGCGCAGAGGUCAUAGUGGAGGUCGGGGAGGCAGCGUAGACACCGCCGGUGCGCAGGCCGGGGCAUGGGAGGUUGGCAGGGUCGUGUGGGCUACAGCAGUUGUGGGUGGUGAUCGUGUCGCCCCCUCUGCCUGUCCCCGACACAAGUACUUCGGUCGGCUGCCAGCGGAUGGCGUUGACCGUUUUCAAUGCUUCUUUGUUUCAUAGCUGUAAACUUUGUACUUUUACGGGCUAACAAGUGUUCCUGUGACAGCACACGCUCGGUCAACUUUUAGCAUGUCUGUAGACAUGGACUUAUCAAGCUGAAUGCUAACCUGCUGAAUACCCAUGCAUGAAAAUU